AUGACCGGAAGUGAACCUCUGUAUAUAUAUAUUUGUCCCAGGAAGGCGAAGGGAAGUUACGAAUAGUUAAUAAGCGUGAAAUAAUGUCCAUCAAUUCAUAGCAAAGACUGCGAAACUUUGUCCAGACCAAUCGUAGCGAACAAACGCCCUGGACGUACCCGUUUGCCAUUUUGAGGGCCAAAAGAAAAAAGAUCUACUCCGUUUUCGUGAAGCUGAUAUCGCGAGAUUUUGCGACUCCGUUUAUGGACUUUACACACAUAUUACCUUACUGUUCCGGAAAAAGUUUGAAUUAUUUGCGUUGUCCUCAUACAAGAACAGAAGUGUUUGUGCUCUGAAAACAUGAAGUCAACGUGGCUACCAUCUCCUCUGCUGCUGCUUUUGAAAAUCGGCUGUUUGGCUCUUCAGGAUAGCAGCAAGCCCAAUUUUGUCCUGAUGAUGGUGGAUGACUUAGGAAUUGGAGACCUGGGCUGCUAUGGCAAUACGACACUGAGGACCCCCAAUAUCGACCAGUUGGCACAGGAAGGGGUGAAGCUGACCCACCACAUUGCUGCAGCGAGCCUCUGCACUCCCAGCAGGGCAGCGUUUCUCACUGGACGAUACCCGAUACGAUCAGGUAUAGCUGGCGAUGGCAGAGUUGGUGUUUUUAUAUUUAAUGCAGCAUCUGGAGGUCUUCCCAGCCAAGAGGUUACCUUUGCUAAGAUUGUCAAACAACAAGGCUAUGAAACAGCUCUUAUUGGGAAAUGGCACCUAGGACUCAACUGUAAGAGCAAUGACGACCAUUGCCACCACCCCAACAACCACGGCUUUGAUUAUUUCUUUGGUAUCCCCUUGACCAACAUACGGGACUGCCAGCCUGGACGCGGCACUGUGUUCCAGAUUCAUAAAUAUUUACCAUAUAGGACAAUGGGCAUUUUGUUGAUCACUGCAGUCUUGUUACACUACAGCAACAUCAUCACCAUCAGCAGAGGGUUGAUUCUGAGCCUGCUGUUUCUGCUGGUCGUGGUCACUGGUUUGAUAGCAGGAUUCAUCAUGAUCAUCCCGUACUUCAACUGUGUUCUCAUGAGGAACCACAGAGUUGUGGAACAGCCAUUCACAUCUGAAAACCUGACACAGAGGAUGACUCAUGAGGCACUGGACUUCAUUGAGAGGAACUCAGCAAGGCCUUUCCUGCUGUUUUUCUCUUUCCUCCAAGUCCACACAGGCAUAUUUGCUUCAGCAGCAUUCAGAGGAACAAGCCGUCACGGCAUCUAUGGAGACGCUGUCCACGAAGUGGACUGGAGCGUAGGUCAGAUCAUAGAGACUCUAGACAGACUCAAAUUGAGAGAAAACACUCUGGUUUAUCUGACUUCAGACCAGGGAGCUCACCUGGAGGAAAUCUCUGCCAGCGGGGAGGUCCACAGAGGAUGGAAUGGAAUAUAUAAAGCAGGGAAAUCCACAAAUUGGGAGGGUGGAAUCCGGGUCCCGGGAAUUCUGCGUUGGCCAGGGAACAUCCCUGCUGGCAGACAGGUAGACGAGCCCACCAGCAACAUGGACCUGUUUCCCACAGUGGUGCAGCUGAGCGGAGCUUUGGUCCCAGAGGACAGGGAGAUAGAUGGUCAUGACCUCAUGGAUUUGCUCCAAGGGAGAACUGAAAGGUCCAAGCAUGAGUUUCUCUUCCAUUAUUGCAACAGCUACUUGAAUGCAGUUAGAUGGCAUCCCCGUAACAGUAGCUCAGUAUGGAAGGCAUUUUACUUCACGCCGAACUUCUACCCAGAGAAUGAGACAGCCUGUUUCCACACACAUGUCUGCUUCUGCACUCCAGACUAUGUGACCUAUCACAAUCCUCCACUGCUCUUUGAUCUCUCGAAGGACCCAUCAGAGACUAUGCCUCAGACCCCUGACACUGAGCCAGACUUUCACGCCAUCUUAGCUCUGAUGGAGGAAGCAGUGAAGAAGCAUCAGAGGUCGAUGACGCCUGUGGAGAGCCAGCUAUCUGCAUGGAACGUGAUGUGGAAACCUUGGCUGCAGCCCUGCGGGUCUACACUCAGUCAUUUCUGUCAGUACCAGCAGGAUGAAUAGGUUGUGGUUAGGCUGCAAUAGAAAGCCAUUUUAGUGGCUGACAAUGAAACUAAUAAUAGGAGAAAAAUGUUUGUUUUACCUGUUAUUCAACAUGAGGUUGAGAAAUACAGGGGUAUUUUUAAAGGCUGGUUGUUAUAAAGAGGGGUGAUCAUUAAGCCAGCCCACAUGUUAACUGCAAAGAACUGGAAUUAAUGAUAUGCUGCUGGAUUGGUUCAUUUCCUGUCUGUUAAACAAGUCAUUUUCUGUAAUGCAUGAAGAUACCUCCUCCUCAUAUGCUCUGUUAUUUUGUGGGGUUUCUCAAGGAUUUAUUUUGGUUCCCCUCUUAUUUACAAUUGCACAUCUUGCAUAGACUUGCCACUGACUGAAAUUGCUAUGCAGAUGACACCCAAUUGUAUGUCCUGCCUCUAUGAAAUUAAAAUGUCAUUGAGGCAGUGCUGGGGCCAUGGGCAACAUUAAUAACCUCUCCUCUAGUCUAGAAGCCUUAUCUUACAAUGCUUGAAAAGAGACAUGAAACCUUGCUGUUAUCUUUCAUUCAGAAUUGAAUUGAAUUCAGAAUCCUCUCAGGUGAAUAAAAUGGUGCAGUCUUACUUCGCACAACUGCAGCCGCUAACCAAGAUCAGCUCAUUUGACUGUGCAUAGCUUGAGUAAGAAUAGGUACUUUCCUUGUAAAACAUACCUACCAACAUCUUUAAAGAUCAUUUUUAGCAAAUAAUGACAGACAGUUGUAAAUCCAUCAACAAAAACUGGUACUGUAAGUUCAACAGUGUUUCACAAUGUAAACCAGAGGGCCCUGCAAUAGUACUGUCUUUGGUGUCUUUACACUCCUCUCUUUUGGUCAUUUUAGCAACUUGAAUAGUCUUGAUGUUUACAGUACAGCUCAAACACAUGACAACUGUCAAACACUGUCACUUGCGAAAGUAGGUCUGUGCUAUGAAUGUAACUCUUUGAUCGGCUCUCAUUAAAAGAAGCAGAGCUA